GCGUUUGCCGAUUUUCGGUCUGUGAAUGCAAAUUAUAAUACCAUGAAAACAACUCAUAUGUGAUAGUAUUAUGCAUGGCGGAAUUGCGUUGUUGAGCUUUGAUGCACAUAGUGACAUUAAUUAAUGGACGAAAGAUGGGACUUUUUUCGAGGAGCAUGAAGAGGAAACACCCAAAGAUAUAUCACUCAAGGCUAAGAGUAACGCAUUCAAUUAGAGUCAAAGGCUGUUGAAAAGGCAGCACGGUGUGGACAUGCCUCCAGCAUCAGCAGCACACAGAAUAGCCCCACAUCCAGACAGAGGUUUAGGUUUAAGUUUGCUGCUGGGAAAUGACUAUGAAAGGAAGAAGAAACAACUUCAACAGGAGCUUCAACUGGAAUACAAACAUUAUGCUGCCAAGAUAAAGAAUCGGAAAACUAGUGAACCUCAAGCCCAGGGUCUCUCCCUACCUAUUGAGGAGAAGAUAUCGGUUCAGGAAAAACUGAGAGAGGAGAGAAAAAAAGAAUACAACCUCUUCCUACAAGAAAAAGCUCAAAUCGUAAGGUUUAGGAGGGGAACAACUCCUUUAACUUCAAAGCCCGGACAGGCUCAAGCUUCAGAUGCUGUCUACAUUUCUUCUCCAGCUUCUCCUCUGCCCAUCCUCAACAUCCAUACGAAUGUCCGUCCUCCUCCCAGGGAGCACCCUGCCUCCAGGAGAGAUGCUGCCACUCUGACUGAGGCAGUGGAGAAUGGAGAAAGCACAGGGACUCGGGAUCCAGGCCAUCGGAGGCGAAGGCGUUGGCAAUUUCCCAAACCAAAAGAGCCCUAUAGCUCUGAGGAAGAACCAAUCACAGACCAAGAGGAAGAGCUGGAGUUUAGACACAGGAGGCGACAAGAUGGACACACUCUAGAGCCAGAGUACAAAGAGGGGAGGAGAACCAGAGAACGCAAAGCUAACAGCAGAGCUCCUCAGGGCAUGAAGAAGAUGGAGGCCCCUGGUGUUCGUGAUCAGAACAACAAUGAAUGGGUUUGGAAGUCAAAGGAGCACCCUGCCUCCAGGAGAGAUGCUGGCCCUCUGACUGAGGCAGUGGAUAAUGGAGAAAGCACAGGGACUCGGGGUCCAGGCCAUCGGAGGCGAAGGCAACUCCCCAACCCAAAAGAGCCCUAUAGCUCUGAGGAGGAGUCAAUCACAGGCAAAGAGGAAGAGUUGGAGUUUAGACACAGGAGGCGACAAGAUGGACACACUCGAGAGCCAGAGUACAAAGAGGGGAGGAGAACCAGAGAACGCAAAGCUAACAGCAGAGCCCCUCAUGGCAUGAAGAAGAUGGAGGCCGCUGGUGUUCAUGGUCAGAACAGCGAAUGGGGGUGGAAGUCAGAUCUGCAAAUGCCAGACAGCAUGAGAAUGUCUGCAAGAUCCAGAUCUGCUACCAGCAAGAAUACAGCCGGGUUUGGGACGGGACUAAUGAUCGGAGCAGCAGAAGAGCACGCAGUCUCUCAGAUGAGGAAAGAAAAGUACAAACAAGAGCUGCUGGAACAAAUUGCUGAACAGCAGAGAAACAAGAUCAGGGAGAAGCAACUUGAGCGGAGGGUUGCCCCCACUGGAGCCACAGGCCCUGGGAAACAGCCUGACCGACGAAAGCAGUUUGGGGCUUUAAAUGGUCAAUAUGACAGCUGGAGACGAGGCGUCUCACAAGAGGACACGGAACAGAGAGGCCCCCCAGGGAGGACUCAUGUGGACUCCAGGACAGCGCUCAGUCCGCUGACAGAGAAGACAGCGCCGGGAUCUGGAACAAGAGCAGCGCACGGUGUCCCCUCUCUCCACUAUUUGGACGAGGACUACCACAGGGCCUCCUCAAGCUUGCUGGCACAAGUGGCCAACCCAAGGAUUGAUGGUGUUCCUCCCACUUUAACUCAUCACUACAAGACUCCGUAUGAUGCAGCUUACAACUACUAUGGGAACAGGAAUCCAUUAGAUCUUAAUCUUCCUUACAAUCAGAAUCUGCCUGGAGGGAUGCCUCCAUCUGGGGAUUUCCACAGCCAUCCUCAAAGUCCACCUACUUUCAGACCCAGGGGCCACACGGAAAGAGGGCCCUCACGGCAAAAUAACGCCGUGUUGGCCCCCUCACUGUCUGCUUGUAGAGCGACCGACCAGCAUAGUGCGUCUCCCCUGGAUGGCGGAGAGCUUCCUGCAGACAAGUCCCAGCAGAAGAGAGAGAAGGCCAUGAGCUACCAGAAAGCACUCAGGCAGCAGAUCACAGAAAAAGAAGAGCGUAAAAGAAGAGAGAAAGAAGAGAUGGAGCGAUAUGAUGUAAAGCUAGAGGCUGAUAUGAUGGCAUACAACCCCUGGGGGAGAAGUGGAGGAGGUGCUUCAAUUAAAGACGAAAACGGCAACCUUGUUAGUGACUUGAAUCAAAUGCACAAGACCAACGAGGAGUCAUAUCGGAAUCCUGUGUCCAGGAAAAGUGGACUGACGCAGCGCUUUACGAUGACUGACGCACACACUCCUGACGUUGAAGGCAGGGCCCCCCUUUCCCAUCAACUACCAGGUUUCAAUGAGAAGCCAAUUCCACAGCAGCUCCACGUGCAGGACAGAUACCAAGAAGACCUGAAACGACAGAUAGAGGGCAACAAGCAAAAGCAGAAAGAGGAGAUGGAACGACUGAGGAUUGAGGAGGAGAAAGAAGAGAAGAGGCUGGUGGACCAGAGGGCGUGCAUUCAGCGAGAAUAUGAAAAGGAGCAAAGAAAGCAAAAGGAGAUGCAGCAUAUACAGGAAAAAGCAGGUUGGAUCCAGGAAUCUAAAACUCCACACAAGCAAGAGGAAAAGAGGGUGAGAAAGGAAGAGGAGAGUGAGAAGAAGCUACCUGAGAGCGACAGAGACAGAGAGGAGGAAAAGGAGCAUUUGAGUUUCGAGCAGAGAGAGCCAUCUCCUCCCAUCCCAACCAUGCAGAGGAAGCAGGCGGCUUUUGUGGCAUCCAGACCUUCGUCUGUUGAGAGCCAACUCACCGACAGGACUGGGCGCUCUGUGUCAGCACCACAUUCUCCACCAGUCCCUGAGAAAAUCUCCCCUCCACAAGACGGUCAGCAGGAAGUAAUCAGAGAGCUGUCAGCCCUCCGUAAGUAUCUGAGAAAUGAGCAGAGACAACUGGAGGUUCAACUCGGCCAGACAGAUCUUCAGGAGAGUCACUUCACGCCCUCCAACAGACCCAGAGGACGACCCAGAGACGCCUUUGAAUCAAUGCACAAGCAAGCUGUGCAGCCAUCAACCAGGGGCCCCUUCUCUGGGGCUGUAGGUGUGCACAAUAUCAGGGAGUUCGUCAAGCUUAAGUACAGAGACACGGCGUCUCGUGAGGAGGUCCGUCACAUGUACCCGGACCCUCCCACUGACGAACAAAGUCUGGACAUCCAACAGCGGGCACUUCUUCGUGAACAACAACGCAAAAUGCGACUAAUGAAGAGCGAGGAGGAGCAAGAUGUUUUGGAACAGCCACUGAGCCACCAUCAUUCUAGGAACAAACCUGGACGCUCCACCCACAGAGACUCCACACUGCCAUCUGAGGCCGCUUUUAUUGAUGUUUACAGCGGUGAUGCAAGUGGAGGGCCGGUUCAUCAACAGAGACGCCGUCAGCCCUCAGCAGAGCGUCACGAGAGAACAACCUCACGGAGGAGACAUGACUAUGAUUGGGACCGUAGCAACCAGCCAGAUGCUCAGUCUGUGCAGUCAGAGACGAGUCCGCACCUUGAAUCCAACGUGAGGGACCACAACCAGCACCGCCUCACGAGACGAGACCCUGGUGAUCAGAACGGCAGAUCAGAGGGGCCGUCUGAGGAUGAAGUGGAUGUCUCGUCGCUACGCUCUGCCUUGGAGAGGCGUGUCUCCAUGGAGACCGUUGCCACAGAGGCGUGGCUGCGGCCCGGCACGUCGGAUACUGUAAAAUGCGGCGGCGGUAUGGAGAGAGCAAACAGUGGGAUGGAUGCUCCGCCCUGGCUGACACACCGCGUCUCAUAGUCCCAUUAGCUCCCAUUAGCUCCAAACCAGUAAGGAUUGCUCCCUUUAGCAUGAAAAGUGCACUUUUGAACCUGUAAUAGAUUGUAGUCCAUAAAUGUUUUGGAUGAUGCCGAUCUGUGAAUAGAACAUGAGCACACACGUGUGUUAAUGUAGAAAUUUCUUUAGAAAUGAGUUUAUUUUAUUAUAAAAUGUUACUUGUGUCCUGGUUGGUCGUUAAUGGAGAAAAACAAACAGCGAGCAGUUCUGUCAUUUAGAAGUCAGUGAUUCAGCAUUUCAAAUCAACCAAGUUCAAAAACUUUAUUGACCUAGAACCUGAUUAGAAUGCCAGAUGAUGUUUUGUACAGAAAGUUGUACAUAAUCUUUUUUGCAACAUAGAAAACUUUACAUUGCUGUAUCAUAUACAUUUAGUUUUCUACAUCCAUGAGCAGGAAUGCAUCCCAUUCAUACUUAAAGCACAGCUAACAUUUGUCAUUUUCUCUUUACAUAUACCUUUCCCGCAAAUCAAAGAAAAAAACCCAUCAAAUAUAUUAUUAACUUUUGAUUUUGUACACGAGUGAAAACUAAACUCAAACAACAAAACAGACUAGUGACUCUAAAGCAGCUAGCAUCGGGGUUCUCUCUUAUCCUCCAGUUCCAGAAGCCCAGUUAUCAUCUCUCUGAUAAAAACCUAAGAACAUAUAAAAUGGAAUAAUUUAACCUUUCACUUUCCAUGUUCAUGUUCAAUUACCAAUUUUACAAUAUAGGACAAUCCGCGGGAGAUGGUACAGUCAAAUAAAUUAUCACAAAAGUAAAAUCUCCAGUGCAUUCAAAAAAGAGAUCAAGUGCAGCAAAUCCAGAGG